ACGCGAGAAAAAAUGACAUCAACGCAACCUUUGCCUCGGAGAAAGAGAUUCAUACCGAAAUAUGAUGUUGAAGGUGUAUAUAGACUAGUAAUUGGUGAAGAAACACAAAUCCAAAUCGAAAUGGUAGUGGGAACUCACGUUAAUGCUCAAUACCCUUGGAAAGGUAUAAAUAAAUCUUUCAUAAUGGAAACUAUUGAAAUAGGUGGCGAGUUAUCUGAAUUUUAUCCCCUGAAAGAGCACUUACAUAAAUAUACCGGUGAUGUUGUACUGAUGGGUUACAUUGUGGAUGAAUCAAACGAUGUUGAUGAAUUCUAUGUAUGUUGUACAACUGAAGCGAGAGAUCAUUGUAAACAGCAAUCCGAUAGAUUUAUAAAGAGACAAGAGAAAAAAUUAGAGAAAGCCGUUCAGAAAAAACCUCGGCCUUGGAAAAGUCUUGGUAGUGAAAUUGAGUUAAAGGAAUUAGAACCCAUAAAUACAAGACCAUUGUUAGAAAUAGAAAUCAAAACAAAGUUUCCAAAACAGUAUGAACCUGAUAGAUUUAGAGUAAGAGAUACCAGUUCAAUUCGUGAUGGGUAUAUAGAAUUGACUCCUUAUAGGCAAAAGUUUAAUAAUGUUUUUCGACGUAGGGUCGAUUGUGCUUCUCAAGCGAGUCCAUUUAAAAUUCAUAAUUAUGCGCAAACUGAACUACGUUAUCCUCAAAAUAUGUGGACUCAAUCAAUUGCUGACGCUAUAGGAGGGGCCGACGAUGCCGAUGCUGGUGGAGAUGUAGGUCAAAAUAACACAGAAGAAAAAAAAAUUAAAGAAGAAAGAAGUUCAGACGAGGAAGAGGAAAAGAUAACAGAACCUUCUGAUGACGUUGGCUUACAAGCUUUCAAAAACGCCUUAAAAUGUAUGCGUCGGCCUUCGUAUAUAAAAAAAAUGAAUAACUUUAUGAAUGAAAAGAGAACUGAAAUGGACAGUAUUGUAGAACUGAAUACAGUAAUGGACAUUUAUUGCAACGAUUAUCCUAAUUUAGUAGCAGAAAAAACAAUGGAUGUUUAUGAUACAAUGACCUUCGAAGAGUAUGUUUGUUUUACUGAUGUGAGAGCAAAAGAUAAGUAUAUAUCAUCCGCUGUUUUUCAUCCUAUGUGGUCUGGAAUAGUAGCCAUAUCAUAUUCUGAUGAUUCACCAUCAGUAAUGAAAAGUGUAGGUCUUCGCCCCGAUCCAAUUCAAAGAGCGGUGUAUGGACUAAAUCCCGUUUUGAUAUGGAGUCACAUUGAUAGUUUAUUACCAAAAUUAUACUUAGAAUCACCAAGGGAAGUUUUAGUACUGUCAUUUUGUCCUUUUGAUGAGAACAUAUUAGUCGGUGGAUGCAUUAAUGGGCAAAUUGUGGUAUGGGAUAUAACGAAUAAAUUAGAAAAUGUAGAAAAAAUUGAAGUUUUAAGCGAAACAAGAGAAAAAUAUAAAAUUGCUAUGAAUGCACAUAUGGGAUGGAUGAAGAACGUUCAGGAUAAUGCUGUUAUACAGUCAACUGCUUUGAGUAAUUUAAUGACAAGUCAUUAUGGCCGUGUCACUGCUAUUGACUGGCUUUCUCCUAACUUCAGCGUUACAGCAACCGGCACAACGUCUGUAUUAAUUGAUGGUAAAAAGUCUGUUAUGUUUUUCACAGGGUCAGAAGAUGGUACAAUUCUGAUUUGGAAUUUAUCUGUCGAAAACGUAACGCUUUUUGAGGGUAAAAAAGUAAAGAAAUCUAAAAGAAUACUUAAAAGACCAUCAGGCUUAUUAGUUGAUGUUUCGCCUUAUAAGGUAUUGGAUCGUAAUUUGCAGCCGUGUUAUAAGAUUUUAUUGGGUGAAGCGGGACAACCACAAACUUUACCCCUUCAAAGUUUUGGGAUGAAUUUACCUGUAAUUAGGUAUAAUUAUGUUCCUAGAAAUACUGGGACGGGGCGAAAAUACUUUGAGUGUGACAUAUUACCACAAAGUGAAUCCGAAUUAAAUACUAUCCUUUAUUGUGGAUCUCAGCAUGGUGGAUUAGCUCGGAUCACAUGGGAAGGACAUGAAUUUAAUACCGGUGAAGUAGUGAACUCGGAGUAUUGUGACUUGAAAUUCAAAUGUAACAUUCAUGAUGGUAUUAUAACUCAAUCACAAAAUAAUCCCUUUAUUAAUCAAAUAACGGUAACUGUAGGUGGUAAAAUAUUUGCUAUAUGGUCUGAUAAAUUAAAUGAUCGACCACUUAUCUGGAAAAAGCGACCUUAUCGUUUAACCGAUGGAACUUGGUCAUUAUAUAAACCUAGUUUACUAUUUAUAACAAAUUCUGAAGGAGAUUUAGAAACGUGGGAUUUGCUUCUCAGGAGCGAUCAGCCGAUAGCGAUUCAAACAUUAUCCGGCAACAUGCUUACUAGUGUAAGCUUACAUACACUUCCGUUAGCUAAAAACAUUAUCGGAGUAAGCGAUGUAAAUGGUUCUUUCAGAAUGUUUUUAUAUCCUCCAAUUUUUAUGAUUGAAAAUCCAGCUUAUAUAGGUCGCAUGGAAAGUAUGCUUAUACGAGAGCUUAAAGUGAUGCAGACCUUCAUAGUAUGGCAAGACAAUUGGAUGAAAAAUAACCCUGAAAUUUUACUCGAAAUUAAAAGAAAAGAAGGUGAGUUAUUAGCCCUAAAAGAAGAAGAAAAACGUAAGUUAAGAGAAGAAGAAGAAAAGAAACAAGAAGAAGAAGCAGAAGCCAGAAGACAACAGAAAAUGAAAGUUGUUGGUCCGGAAGAAAGAUGGCAAAAAAUAAUACAGAAACUUAUAGAAAAAACUAUUGCUGUUAAGAAAAGAAUUAAUAGAGCUGAAUUAAUUGAACAUGAAAAACCGUUGAGGGAACUGGAAGCACAGCGUCUUGAAAAAGAAAGAAGAAUGCUUGAGAUUAUGAAAAACCAGAAAACUAUUUUUAAUGACACCGUAGCAAUACUCUUUCCAGAAGCUAUCAAAAAAGAAGCGAAAGUUAAAAAAAGUUAUCUACCUCUUGAUAAGAUAAGUCUUAAGCGAUCGUACUUAGGCGAUUACGAAGAAUUAAAAAGUACAGCUAGUAAAACGGUUCGGGACCAACCCUUUAAAAUUAAUUUCUCUUGGGAAAAUACUUUGUUUGAAGGUAGGGAGCGAAGACAAGCGCUAAAUGCACAUGAAAGUUUUAUUAAAAUGCAUAAAGACAGAUUAGAAGAAGAAGGUACCGAGCCAAAAGUAAACACUUUUUCAGUUGCAGAGGAAUCUAUUAUUGAGGAAAUUUCAGAAAAUCAAAGCAAAGAUGAGAUCAAGUAA